UGGGGUUCCUGUGGGGAGCUUCCUGGCUCACAGGGACCCAGGGCCCAUCUCUGUUCCUGGUCCCAGCCAGCUUGAUGGUGCCUAUCUCCUGGCUGUGCACUGGCUCCUCAUGGAAUGGGUGUCUAAGAUGCCAGAGGGACCAGAGCUUCACCUGGCUAGCUGCUACAUCAACACGGUAUGUGCAGGGCUCAUCUUCUCGGGGAAGGUGGAGAAGUCUGAAGUGAGCAAGAACCCAGAGGUGCUGUUUGAGAGCGACGCGUACCUGAUCUCUGCCACCUCGCGGGGCAAAGAGAUCAAGCUGACCCUGAUGCCACUCAAAGAGGAGAAGAAUACGCUUCCUGGCAGAGAGAGGGGCAAGGAGGGGCAGAGCCAGAACGGUCCCCAGCAGCCCAUGGAUCUUGUCUUCCGCUUUGGAAUGUCAGGCAGCUUCAAGCUCACCUCCGGGGCUGAGCUGCCCAAACAUGCCCACCUGCGGUUUUACACCAAGGAGAGCCCGCGCCAAGCCCUCUGCUUCGUGGAUUUCAGGCGCUUCGGGCGGUGGGAAGUGCACGGGACGUGGCAGCUGGACCGAGGGCCAUGUGUGAUGCUGGAGUAUGAGAAAUUCAGGGAGAACGUGCUGAGGAACCUGUGUGACAAGGCUUUCAACAAGCCCAUCUGCGAAGCCCUGUUAAAUCAGAAGUUUUUCAAUGGGAUUGGCAACUACCUCCGAGCUGAGAUUCUCUACAGGUUAAAGAUCCCUCCCUUUGAAAAGGCUCGGACGGUGCUAGAGGCCCUUCAGCAUCGGAAACAGCAGAGUCCGGACCUGACCUUGAGCAAGAAAGUGAAGCUAAAGCGGGAGAAUCCUGACCUGCUGGAGCUCUGCCAUGCAGUGCCCAUGGAGGUCAUUGACAUGGGGGGGAAGGGUUAUGGCCCGGAGCCCUCUGAUGAUACCGCGGCCUUUGAGGAGUGGCUGCAGUGUUACUGUGUCCCUGGCAUGAGGUCGCUGCGUGAUGGCAAUGGUAGGACCAUCUGGUUUCAGGGGGAGCCUGGACCUAUGGCCCCGAAAGGGGAAAAGUCCCGCAAGAGGCGCUCGCGGGUGAAUGCUGACCCUGAGCCUUCAAGUCCAAAGGUCACAAAGCCGGUGCCUAAGAGAAGUUCGAAGGGCAGCAGCAGCCAAGAGAAGGUAGCAACGCGAUCUGGCAGGAAGAAGGGGAAAGAGCUCGUCCCAGGAGCUGAGAACGCCAAGGGAAAUAAAGCAAGAAAGCCAAACGCCAGGUCCAGAAGGAAAGCUUCGGCAAGCCAAGAGUCUCCCACGAGCAAAACUCCUGCUGCAGAUAGGAAGAGGCAGGCAUCUGCUCGGAGAAGCACAGGAACAGCUACUGUUGCCCCAAGAUCCAGGCGGGUGAAGGCUGAAUGACUGGUCUGGCACAGCAUCUGUCCUCGCUUCAGCCUGGAGUAACUCAGAUGGCAGCUCGCUUGCUACUGCUGCAUGUGCUGAGGGAGAUGCGCAGGGAGCAGCUGCUGGGGUGACUCUUCUCUGAAGCGAACGUGCCCGCUGCGUUGUUUCUUAGAUCCCUUCUCAGAGGUGGCUUGCUGCAGGGGCUCUAAGCAGCUGACGCAAGAGCCCCCACCCCAUGAAAUGGUGAAGGUGAUGCCAUGGCGUCAGCCUCCCUGCUCGGUUACAGGGUUUUAUUCCUUUUUAAAUGCAGCUUCAGGACCCAGCAAUUGGGCGACUUUGUAUCAAACCCCUUGGAAGCUGCUGGGGCACCCGCUGGUGACUGCAGCUGAGAGCUGGCAGCUCUGGGCAGAGAGAUGGGAACACGCUGAGUGUGGGAAGUCUGAGUUGAAACAGUUUCCUGAGGGUCAGGUUAAAAAUCCUCAGAAGACCAUAGCUCUUCAUUCCCUGCUCUCAGCUGCCCUUUGCAGCCUCCCUGCAUGCUGCCAUGAGAUGGCUCUGGCUUCUGAGGCUGUGUUUGGCCCAAGUUAAUGGGGACAGAGCAGAGUUUGCAAAUGUUUUUAUUGCCCUCGCUGAUUCCAGAGUCUCUAACCCUUGCUCUGCAGGAGGGAUGAGCUUUGCAGAUCAGCAGCAUUUUAUCUCAUGUAACUCAGGAGGAGGGUGGCAGUGGCAUGUCUGAAUAAGGGAUCAACUUUGCUACUGGACACACGUGCAGACUCUGGGCAGCGGCCACGCAAGCUUUUCCUUGCUGUCCCCGCUAGUGUGCCUGAGCGCUGUAGCGGAUCAGAAGGUAGGACAGCCUGGAUGGCUCUUUCAGAAAUUGACCUCUACAAAGGGGAUGUGCAAACACUUAGCUGUUGUGUGGAAUGAGUCCAUCAGUCAGUCGCUCCUGAGCUGGGCUGCCCAGAAACCAGUGCCUUGAGGUUACAGGCUCAGCGGCUGAGCCAACCUGCCCACCCUCCCUAUAGUGUGGUUCUCUGACCCAACUACCAGUGCUUCUAGCAAUCUGAUUUCAGUACUAACAAUAAAAGCUUUCCAUAAACAA